AUGGCUACUUCUUCUUCAAGUGUUGUACCAAGAAGAAGAAAAGGAGGAUGGACAUAUGAUGCGUUUCUAAGUUUCAGAGGUGAAGACACUCGCAAUAACUUUGUUGAUCAUCUUUUUGCUGCUCUUGUUCAGAAAGGAAUACACGCCUUCAAAGACGACAAGAUGCUCGGUGGAGGCCAACCCAUCUCUCAAGAGCUAGUCAAAGCCAUUGAAGAAUCAAGGUUUGCUGUUGUUGUUUUCUCUAAAAACUAUGCAAACUCCUCUUGGUGUUUGGAUGAGCUUUCCAAGAUCAUGGAAUGCCAGGAUCAGAUGGGGGGUCAGAAGAAGGUGCUACCCGUGUUCUACCAUGUCGAUCCGUCUGAUGUUCGCAAACAGAAAGGAGAUUACGCACCGGCAUUCGAGACCCAUGAAGACAUGUUUAAGGGUGGAGAGAUGGAUAAAGUGAACAAGUGGAGGGAAGCCUUAACUGCCGCUGCCAAUUUAUCUGGCCAGCAUAUCCUCCGUGACCAUGGGGGUGAAGCUGCAUUCAUAAGCAAGAUUGUUGAAGAGAUUUUAGCUGAUAAGCAACCUGGUGGUGGCCGUAGGGAAAACCAUCUAAUUGGUAUACAACCUCGUAUUUAUGCCUUAAUUUCAUUAUUGAAGAUGGAGGCAAAUGAAGAGGUCCGCUUUGUGGGGAUAUGGGGAAUGGGAGGGAUUGGUAAGACGACUAUUGUCUGA